AAAAGCUCGAGCCUCAGCCCUCAGGGCAUGUAGCGUAUGUCUAAUUGUUUUGAAGUGUUUUGCUCUUUGAAUAAAUUAAGCUUCUUUCUCGGAAUUCCUUUUUUUGUACCAAAUCUUGGCUACCCGUAUUGGCGAAACCUCUGAAACUCAGGUUUUUAUUCUUCGACCACCUCUGUUAUCCGAGGAGUUCCAAGAUAUUCGAUCUGGAUAACGAGUAGCGAAGAUGCUGCAAAGUCAUCCGCCUCAAAUUCUACAAUCACCGGCUAGGCUUGGCCUCACGAACCCUAAUUCACCCUCCCUCCCCAACCCAAGCACUCCUAAGCUUUCUUCCCAAAAUCCUCAACACCACGCUCUUCACCUCCAUCAACAACAGCAGCAGCAGCAGCAGCAACCGCAGCAGGCUCCAUCAUCGGUUGCCACGACUUCUUCAACACUACUCUCUCUCCUCCCACCUCACCCCCGAGCACAAUCCCUCCUCCUUCAGAUGGCCUCCCUCGCCACCCGACUCUUCGAAGUCUCACCCACUAGAUCCUUCUGGCUCUCUUCCUUCCGUGGCUCCCUCCCAACCUUUCUCCCUUCCCAAACACCCCUCGAUUCCUCUCCUUCCACCACUAAAGAAAUCCUCUCCCUCUUCACUUCCCUCCAGACUCAACUCUUUGAGGCUGUUGCUGAACUCCAAGAAAUUCUUGAUCUUCAGGAUGCUAAACAAAAAAUUUCCCGUGACAUCCGGGCUAAGGACGCUGCCAUACUUGCCUUCGCUAACAAGCUCAAGGAAGCUGAACAUGUCCUUGACAUUCUGGUUGAUGAUUACUCUGAUUAUCAUCGCCCAAAACGAUCUAAACCCACUACCUCAGAAGGAAAUCCAGAGAACCCUCCCUCCUAUUCUUCUAGCACUACCAUUACAAAUCCACUUAAUUUAUCAAACAUUCUCUCUUAUGCACAUCGAAUAAGUUACACAACAUUUGCCCCACCAGAAUUUGGGGCUGGUCAGGCUCCCCUCCGUGGAGCCCUCCCACCAGCACCACAAGAAGAGCAGAUGCGUGCUUCACAGCUUUACAACUUUGCUGAUCUUGAUGUUGGGCUACCCAAGACAGUGGAAACUAAAGAGAAGACUGUUGUGACGCUGAUUGAGGCCCCUUCACUAAAACCGGUAGAGACCAAUCCACCUAUCGAUUUGGCAGCAAUUCAGGGACUUAUUCCUCCACAACUCACAAUCCCAUCAGGCUGGCGACCUGGGAUGCCGGUGGAACUGCCAGCAGAUUUACCUGUGCCACCACCUGGUUGGAAGCCUGGGGAUCCGGUGACUUUGCCUCCCUUGGAUGCUCUUGUUGGUCCUAAUAAGGGUGAGGAUCAACCACCACGGCCUGCAGUCUCUCAAAUGCCUCCCAAAGCACCUGAGCCCAUACAGGUUCGGUAUGUUCAACUUGAUAUUAACCCUGAUCAGGAUGACUACAGUAGUGAUUAUAGUAGCGAUGUGGGAAGCUCUGAAGAGGAUGAUGAAGAUUGAAAAUUCAGUUGAGGAUGUCAAUUACCUGGGUUUUGACAAAAUUUUCACGGUAUUCUAGGCUGCAAAACUUACAGGUUGUACUGUUCCUUUCCUUUUGAAACUGCUAUUGAUGGAAAUUUAAGGUUUGUAGUUGGUUCAAGGUUGGCUGUUUGGGGCUUUGAAUCACAAGGUUCACAAAUUGUGUUUUCUUGUAUGAAGAAUAUCUUCAUUGGUUGCAUUAAUGGUUCUUUCACAACUGCAAGAAAAUGGGCACCUUGCAAUGAGUGCCAUCCAUAACUUCAA